AAAGAAGACUUUGAAUUUGCUGAUAAUGAUGUUGAGCCACUUAAAAAGCCUAACUUAGCUGAUAAGCCUACUUUAAUAGAUGAUGAAGACUUUCUUCAAGGAGAUGAACCUGGCUCUGGACCAGAUGAAGAGGGGAGUGGACUUGAGACCACCACUCCGUCUCCAUUUGAGCCAACUUUAGGAGUAGACUACCCAGAAUAUUUCCGGGUUACAUUAAACUUUACCUCACUUAAAUGGGAGUCUGACUUAGGAAACAGAGAUAGCUACCGUUUUCGGGAGUUAGCCAACGAGCUCUGUCGGGCCAUUCUUACUUUAUAUACUCAGAUACCAGGGGAACAAGUCUGCAAUAUCAUACAAUUUAGACCUGGGAGUCUCAUAGUCACUUUAGAUCUAGGAACAAAAGGAUAUUACAACAGGCCCGUGUUAUUUGAAAGGAUCAAUUCAGCUUUACAAAGAGGGUUCGUGGAUACAUACCCAGUCACACAGAAGGGAUUUACAUUUAGGCCUCUUGCAGCACCUCCAGUGACAACCCAAUCCACACCCCUGACGUGUAGUCCAAUCCAGUUCCGAUGUAACAAUGGACAGUGUAUUGAUAGGAGACUACUCUGUAAUGGCAGGAAUGACUGCUCUGAUGGCUCUGAUGAAACUGUACUAACGUGUCCUGUGACAAGCUGUAGGGCUGAAGAAUUCCGCUGUGAUGAUGGUAGCUGUAUUGAUGCUAGACUCAGGUGCAACAGGGCUUUUGAUUGUGUUGAUGGAUCUGAUGAACGAAGAUGUGUUGAAGAAUGCCGAAGUGGCCAAUUUAGAUGCACUGAUGGUACAUGCAUUGAUGAAAGACAACGUUGCGACUCCAGAGCUGACUGCCCUGAUAACACUGAUGAACUUGGAUGUCCCUCCAAGCCAUGUGGACGGGGACAGUUCCAAUGUAUCACUGGGGAGUGCAUUGAUGAAAAUAGGAAAUGUGACAGUAGGGUUGACUGUAGAGAUGGCUCAGAUGAAUUUGGCUGUCCUGCUGUGGGUUGUCGGGAUAGUGAGUUCCAAUGUGCCAGUGGUGACUGUAUCGAUAAACGACGUCGCUGUGACCAAAGAUCAGAUUGCCCUGAUGGUUCAGAUGAAGAAGACUGUCCCCUUCAAUGCCGUGCUGGAGAGUUCAAGUGUGCCGAUGAGAGUCGAUGUAUUGAUGCACGUCUUAAAUGUAACAACAGAGCUGACUGUGCAGAUGGUAGCGAUGAAGUCGGUUGUGUAAAACCAGCGUGUACCAGUGACCAAUGGCAGUGCAAGAAUGGAGAUUGCAUUAGUGUACUUCAACGUUGUAAUCGUCAAUAUGACUGUACAGAUGGAACCGAUGAAUUUGACUGUCCACGCUGUGUAAGCGGUCAGUUUAGAUGUGAGACUGGAGGUCAGUGUGUCGAUGCCGGACUGCAGUGUGAUGGACGACCUGAUUGCAAAGACAAAUCUGAUGAAAAGGAUUGCCCAUCAGGGGAUUGUACCCCAGACCAAUUCCGCUGCGACAAUGGCCAGUGUAUUGAUGGCAGGAGGAAGUGCGAUAGACGAGAUGAUUGCCGUGAUGGCUCAGAUGAAAAUGACGCCACAUGUCCCCCUCGUGAAUGCACUGCUUAUGAAUUCCGCUGCUCAGAUGGUGAUUGUAUAGAUAACAGAAGGAAAUGUGACCAGUAUGAGGACUGUAGAGAUGGAUCAGAUGAGUCAGCAAGUGCAUGUUCUGCAGUAGAGUGCACUGCUUUUGAGUUCACAUGUGCCAAUGGCGACUGCAUUGAUGCAAGGAGAAAGUGCGAUAGCCGCGAGGACUGUUCCGAUGGUUCAGAUGAAUCUGAAGCUACUUGUCUUACAGUUGCAUGCACUGAUAAUGAGUUCAAAUGUGGUAAUGGUGACUGCAUUGAUGUAAGGAGAAAGUGUGAUGGCCGUGAGGACUGUUCUGAUGGUUCAGAUGAAUUUGAAGCUACUUGUCCUCCAGUUGAGUGCACUUCAUUUGAGUUCACCUGUGACAAUAAAGAGUGUAUAGAUGUUAGGCGUAAAUGCGAUGGAAGAUCAGACUGCAGCGAUGGAUCUGAUGAAUCUGCAGCUACUUGUCCUCCAGUUCGUUGCACUGACAGAGAAUUCAGAUGCGGGGAUGGCACAUGUAUUGAUGCUCGAAGGAAAUGUGAUAGACGCAAUGAUUGUGCAGAUGGAUCUGAUGAAACUGGAUGUGCCCCAGGUCCAGAGGCUGGGGAAUGUGGUGCAGAUGAGUUCCAAUGUGAUGAUGGGGAGUGUAUUGAUAAGUUAUUCAAGUGUGAUGGUGUACAGGCAGACUGUCAAGAUGGAUCUGAUGAAUCAUACUGCUCACCAACUGUCACAUGCAAGGCUAGUGAGUUUACAUGUAGCAAUGGGGAAUGUAUUGAUAUAGAAAAGAAAUGUGACAAUUUGGAAGACUGUAGUGAUGGCUCAGAUGAAACUACUUGUCCUACAAUUGCUCCUAAAACAUGCUCCACUGAACAAUUCACAUGCACCAAUGGAGAGUGUAUAGAUGUUAAUGGAAUGUGUGAUGGUUCAGAAGACUGUAGUGAUGGAUCAGAUGAAUCUGAUGUGACAUGUUCUGUCAGGAUUGACGUGACUGUAUCUCCCGGCCAGAUGAGGAUCAGAGAGGGACAGGAAGCUGUCUUCAUGUGUACAGCUACUGGCAAUCCAACCCCUGUUGUAAGGUGGAGUAAGGGAAACGAGGGUCUCCCAAAUUCUGCCUCAGAGGUUAAUGGCAGAUUGACGAUCAGUUCAUCAAGACCUAGUGACUCUGGGAGUUAUGUUUGUACAGCAGUGGACCCCAGGAGUGGCCAGUCAGCCACAGCUACUGCCAGACUCUUUGUUGAUCCAUUUGGUCCAACACGUGAGCCACCAAUAGGAGGCAAAUGUGAAAGAGAAGAGGCAACAUGCUCCAAUGGCCAGUGUAUACCUAAAGACUACCUUUGUGAUGGAGACAGGGAUUGUACUGAUGGUUCUGAUGAGAGGGCAUGUACCAACCUAUUGCCAUGUGAACCCAAUGAGUUCAUGUGUAACAAUGGCAAGUGCGCACAGAAGAUCUGGAAAUGUGACGGAGAUGAUGAUUGUGGGGAUGGAUCUGAUGAAACCAAUUGUCCCACUGCUGAGCCUGGUGCCCCAUGUAGAGCUGAUGAAUACCAGUGUCUGUCUAGGGACCAGUGUAUACCCCAAAGCUACCAGUGUGAUGGAGAAAUUGAUUGUCAAGACCGAUCAGAUGAGAUAGGAUGUGCACCACCCACUGUUAUUGUACCCCCACCCAGCAUGAAGAUGGUGGAGAGAGGAGGCACCAUUACUAUAACCUGUGAGGCUACAGGGGUCCCUACCCCACUGAUUGUGUGGAGGUUGAACUGGGGACAUACUGGUAAACCACCACGAGUAACAUCAGUCAGUGAGAAUGGAAGGGGAACAAUUACUAUACGUCAGAUCACUGAUGCUGACCAGGGUGCCUACACUUGUGAAGCAAUCAACAACAAAGGAUCAAAGUUUGCCAUCCCUGAUACAAUUGUCACUGUUAAAGUUCAAUCAGGUAUCUGCCAACCUCCAGAGUUCAAUGUGGCUGCAAGGGACCGUAGUGAUUGUCUUACUUGUUUCUGCUCUGGUCUCACCAAGCAGUGUACCAGUAGUAAUCUGUUCAACUCACAGAUUGUUCUCGGAAACCAACUUCCAUUAAUGAAGAAGGACAGGUCCCAGGAGCUCGAUGCCACUGUAGUAGACUAUGUUGCCUCUUCUAGAGAAUUUGUGGUGAACAAUUACUACAACAGAGUCCAGAGGGGAACUUUCUACUGGUCUCUCCCCAGACAGUUCCUUGGCAACCAGCUGAACAGUAAUGGAGGAGGACUUCACUUUACAGUCUUCUUUGAGACCCAAUCCGUGCCCCGUCCCACAACAGAUGAUGCUGAUAUCAUAAUCAGUGGCAAUGGACGCACUCUCUACUACCGAAGACCAAACCAACCACAGAAUAACCGACAAGAGACAUGGGAUGUUAUAUUCCAAGAGGGAGAUUGGUCUAGAGAUGAAACAAACCCUCCCCCAAGAGGAGACAUUCCUAUAUCUAACCCAGCAUCUAGAGAUGACAUCAUGGUGGUGCUAGCUAAUAUUGACUACAUCAUGAUUAAAGCAACAUUCGACUCAUUCCAAGAGGAAGUCAGAAUAGGUAAUGUUGUGAUGGAUCGGGCUGUUCCACAGGACACUGGUAGAGGCAGAGCUGUGUUGGUAGAGGAGUGUGCCUGUCCAACAGGCUACACAGGACUGUCUUGUGAGGAAUGUGCCAAAGGUUUCAGACGUGUCCAAACAGGACGUUUCUUAGGAGAAUGUGUGGCUUGUAACUGCAAUGGUCACUCCAAUGACUGUGAUGAAGCUACAGGAGUAUGCAAGGACUGCCAACACAACACUGAAGGCUCUCAGUGCGAACUUUGUCGUGCUGGUUUCUAUGGUGAUGCAAGAAGAGGAAGCCCCACUGAUUGUCUUGCCUGCCCAUGCCCUCUAACUGAGCCUAGCAACCAAUUUACCAGGGAGUGCUUCUUGGACUCUGAUAAUGAAGUGACAUGCAGAGGAUGUCCCGAGGGCUAUGAGGGUAGAAGAUGUGAAAGAUGUGCCCCUGGCUAUAAAGGGGACCCCACCAGACUAGGAGAUAAAUGUCACAAAGAAGGUAACCCUCACCCUGAAUGUGAUGCACGUGGCAGCCAUAGCACCCAAAUAAACCCUAGGACAGGGCGAUGUGACUGUAAACAGUACAGCGAGGGAGCAAAGUGUGAUAGAUGUAAGGCUAAUACCUACUACCUUGCUGAUAGCAACCAAUAUGGAUGUAUUCCUUGCUUCUGUAUGGGAGUCACUGAUGUCUGUACCAGUACAACAUGGAACAGAGCUAGGGUCAGUGCCAGCUUCACUGGCAAUGACGUACAGGGAUUUACCAUUACAAGCCAGGACCGUAGUGUGAACGUUAACGAUGGGCUGAUAACAGACUACAGAGACGGGGACCUCAUUUAUAGGGGCUUCCCUUCACUCCCUCAAGGACAGGCAUACUACUGGAAGCUCCCCCAGAGAUACCUUGGUGAUAAGGUGACAUCAUAUGGUGGAAAUUUGCGAUUCACCAUCACUCAUAAACCAGGAAUUGAUGGGUCCCCAGAUAAUGCCCCAGAUGUUGAAAUCACGGGUAAUGAUAUCAACCUGAUCUAUAGACAUAGUGAGGUUAUGCAGUCAGACAAACCACAGGCCUUCCAAGUCCCACUUUAUGAGCAAUUCUGGAACCGUGCAGAUGGAUCCCAAGCAACCAGGGAGCAUCUGUUGAUGGCACUUGCCGACCUUUCAUCAUUUGUCAUCAAGGCCACAUACACAGCCAGAACAGCUGAAUCCAGACUGCGGGACAUUUCUCUGGAGGUAGCUGAAAGCAGGAACACAGGUCUAGAGCGGGCCUUCCCUGUGGAACAGUGUAAUUGCCCUGAAGGAUACAAGGGACUCUCUUGUGAGGAUUGUGACACCGGGUACACUAGAUCAGGUGGCGGCCUCUAUCUUGGGCUCUGUGAACGAUGUAAUUGCAAUGGACACUCUAAUGAAUGUGACCCGGAGACUGGAGAAUGUAAAAACUGUCAGGGCAAUACAAUGGGAGAGUAUUGUGACCAAUGUGCCCCAGGAUUCUAUGGUGACGCUACAGUUGGCUCCCCUAAUGACUGCAACCCUUGUGAAUGUCCUUUGUCAACUUCAUCCAAUCAGUUUAGCUCUACGUGUAGAUUGGAUCCAGAUGGUAGAGCAACUUGUACAGACUGUCCCCAGGGAUAUACUGGACGAUUCUGUGAAAGGUGUGAGCGGGGCUACAUUGGAAACCCCAGGACGCCAGGUGACUAUUGUCGCAAUGAAGGACCAGGACCAUUAUGUAACUGUGACUCAAGAGGCACAAGGCCCAAUUCUCAAUGUGACCCCACCACCAAGCAGUGUGUAUGCAAGCCUGGUGUUACAGGCCAGAGAUGUGACCAGUGUGAGACUGGAUACUUUGGUCUCUCUGUAGAUGGAUGUACCAAAUGUUACUGCAGUGGUGUCAGCACACAAUGCAACACAGAUUCCUAUUACUGGGAUCAGAUCAAACCAGUUUUUGAUGGUGACAACCACAACUUUGGGCUGACCACCAGACGUCUAGCUACACCUGUUACUGAUGGCUUCAUUGUGAAUGCUCCAAGAAAUGAGAUCCGAUUCACCCAGUUCACUGACAUCCAACGAGAAAGGGAGAGUCUGUUCUGGCAACUACCACCCAAGUUUAGGGGAGAUAUUGUUAACUCAUAUGGAGGUCUGCUUAGGUUCACUAUGUUGAAUAUGGUUGCCCAGGAUGCUGGUCAGAUGACAACAGAUGUCGACAUUGAACUCAUUAGUGGCAACUCUCGCUACUAUUACUUAUUCAGUCCCUCAAUGGUCCCUGAUGUAACUACCUCUUAUGAAGUCCGCUUGAAUGAGGCAACUUUCCGAAAUCUAGCAGGUGGUGAGCAAAGUAGAGAAGCCUUCUUGGCCGUCCUAUCCAACCUUGAUGCAUUCCUUAUUAGGGCCACAUACCACUCCAUCAUGGGGGCCUCUGUGCUGAGUGACCUCUCCCUUGAGACUGCAGUGCCCCAGGACAGAGGGCUGGGCUCAGCCUUGGUGGAGGAUUGUGUCUGCCCUCCAGGCUAUUCAGGCUUAUCUUGCCAGGAAUGUGCUGAGGGUUAUUCACGUGUACCUGACCCCUCCAACCCCAGUGGGCCAGGCAUCUGCGGAAGAUGCAGCUGCAAUGGACAUGCCACAUCAUGUGACCCAGUUUCAGGAGCAUGCCUAAAUUGCCGUGACAACACCGAAGGAGAUAGAUGCGAACGAUGUGUGGCUGGUUUCUAUGGUGACCCUACAUCUGGAACUAGGAAUGACUGCAGACAGUGUGCUUGUCCUCUUAACCUACGCACCAAUCAGUUCUCUCCAACAUGUAGACUGGGAAGUGAUGGACGACCAUUUUGUGAUGCAUGCCAGACUGGAUAUACAGGACCAGACUGUGGAACGUGUGCUCCAGGGUACACUGGUGACCCCAGGCAACCAGGAGGCUUCUGUGAGCGUAGGAACAACCCAGAGCCUAUAAGAGUUAGCAUCAGUCCCAGCAGAGUAUCUCAGCCUCAGGGAGGUUCUGUCACUCUUUACUGUGACGUUGAAGGUCAAGGCCCCUUCAACAUUGUAUGGACCCGUGCUGAUGGUCGAUCACUCCCCGACAGAGCAUAUAUUGGUGGAGAUAAUUCUUUGGAGAUUAGAGACCUUGUCCCCAAUGAUAGUGGUACCUACAUAUGCCAGGCUGUGGGGGCAGAGGGCACUGGUAGGAGCACAGCUGAGAUUACUGUCGUCAGUUCUCGUCCAAUGGUGGUACGUGUAGAGGAGCCCAAAACUCAGGCAGUUGAAGAGGGCACCACUGUACGCUUCUAUUGUACAGGAAUCAGCACGACCACAUCUGAGGUAACAUUAAAUGUGACCUAUAUCCUAGCCUGGACCAAGCAGUUAGGCAGUCUUCCAGCAAAGGCAAUUGAUGAUGGCAUGGGAACUCUGACCAUUAGGAAUGCAGAACAGAGUGACAGUGGCACCUAUGUGUGCACUGGAUCCAACUUGUACACUACAGCUACUGACACUGGAACUCUCUCAGUGGGAGUUGGAAGUGAGGCACCUUCAGUCAGGAUUGAACCUAGGUUCUUGAGCAUCAAUGUUGGGGAUCCCAUUGACUUCAACUGUAUUGCAACAGGACGUCCUCUCCCUAGCAUUGAGUGGACUGGGGGACGUGGUGGUGAGAUCAGUUCUGAGGCUGAGUUCACCAAUGGCAGGUUCUUCAUUGCAAGAGCACGUAAGAGUGACGAGGCAGAGUACCACUGUACAGCAACCAAUGUUGCAGGAUCUCAGUCUGUCAGGACUAUAGUCUAUGUAGCUGGAGAGGAGGAGAAAAUUGAUAUUGUGAUUACUGAGGGACCUGAGGUGACUAUAUCAAUAGGUGUAGAGGCAAGACUAAACUGUGGAGUGAGAGGAGACUUUGAUGGAAGGAUUGACUGGACCAGAAUAGGUGGACAGUUGCCUCCAGGGUCAAGACAGGAAGGAGGUGUUCUUAUCAUCCCAGAUGUACGGCCAUCAUAUGCAGGUCGCUAUCAGUGUAAGGCAACAGCAAAUUCAGGCAUUAGUGGCAUAGCUAUCACUGUCCUCAUCAUUAGCCAGGGACCUGUCACUGAGGCCCCUACAGCCACCAUAGAGCCACAGAGGACUACAGUGUCUACUGGGCUCUCAGGCUCAUUGAGGUGUCUUGUCACUGGUACUCCAACACCUACCAUCACCUGGUCCAGAGCCAGGGGAGAACUUUCAUCAAACCACCAGGUGAACAAUGAGAUCCUACGUAUCACAGAGGCCUCAAUGAAAGAUAGAGGUCUUUAUAUCUGCUCAGUCGAGAAUGUAGCAGGCAGAGACCAAGCCUCAGCUAUUGUAGAAGUUGAACGACGUGAGGCUCCAGUGCUUGAGAUCUAUCCAGAAACCACCCAGACUAUCCAGCGUGGAUCCAGCGUUCUCUUCCAGUGCAGAGUCACCAGGGGUAUACCCUCACCUACCAUUGUAUGGUCAAGGUCUGGUGGUCAAGCUAUGACUGAUAACACAGUGAUACAUGAUGAUAAUGGUGUAAUCCAGUUCAACCAGGUGACAGGGAGUGAACAGGGACCAUAUACUUGUACAGCUACUAAUGACGUAGGAACAGUUACUGCUACAGCUUCGCUAGUUGUCCAAGGUCUCCCUAAGGUGAUGAUCAGUCCAAGGAGCCCUCUCAAUAUACGUGAAGGCCAGGCAUUGCGCAUUGAGUGUGUUGCCGAAGGUGACCCCACCCCAACAGUCUACUGGCAGACAUCUGACAACUUCAGGACUGAAGGUAUCCCUGAGGGUGCUGUGGGAGCCCAGCCUGGAUCUGCUGUCUUUGAGAUUACUCGUGUUACAGUCCGGGAUGCGGGAGUCUACAUAUGUGUGGCUCAGAGCUCUUCUGGACGAUCAGAGGAGAGAUUCGAACUGAUUGUUGAGAGAGGAGUACAACCUACAAGACCACCAAUUGGACCUGUUGAUCCACCCCAGAUCUACCCUCGAGAUACUCUCAGUCUUGUAGAGGGACAGCAGGCAGAAUUAAGGUGUACUAUUGCAGGUAAUCCCCCACCCAGAGUCAGAUGGACAAAGGCCUCAGGAAACUUGCCACCAAACCAUUCUAUCCGAGAUGGUGUGCUAACAAUCAAGCGAGUGCAACCAGAGGAUGCCGGAGAGUAUAUAUGUAGUGCCAGUACCCAGGUGGGGGCCGUCUCAGUCAGUGUUACACUAGUUAUAACAGUUCCACCAACUGUGUCCGCCACACCCCCCAGUCAGACUGUACGACCAGGAGAGCGUGUACGUCUUUCCUGUAAUGCCAGGGGGACAGACCCCAUCACUUUGGAGUGGACCAAGGUUGGAGGUGGCCUAUCUCCAUCAGCUUUUGAGAGAGCAGGUGUGCUUGAUAUCUCACAGAUCACUGCUGCUGAUGCUGGACAGUACAAGUGCAUUGCUACCAAUGUAGCAGGCAGGUCUGAAGGCAUUGUAGAGAUCAUCGUUAGUGUGCCACCAACAGUCAGUGUUGGGCCCAGAGAUGAGGCUAGGGCUGUAGGAGACACAAUAGAGUUCCGCUGUGAUGUAACAGGUAACCCACGGCCCAGGAUCGAGUGGACCAAAGAUGGUGGGGCACUCCCAGAGACCCAUUUCAUACAAAAUGGUGUACUAAGUAUCUAUAACUUGGCUGAAGAGGAUUCUGGUCGAUACAUCUGUAUGGCCCGCAAUGACGCAGGUGCACAGAGAGACUAUGCCUAUCUCCGAGUUGAAGCACGGAGAACGGAACGGCCAAAUGUAAGAGUGGAGGAGCAGACAGUCUCUGUUGGGGACAGAAUAGAACUGAGCUGUGAGGCAACAGGUACACCACAGCCCAUCCUUAACUGGGAAAAGACUGAAGGGGGACUACCAAGCAAUGCUGAGAUCAAUGGUGGUCUAAUGAUUAUUCCAUACAUCGAAGCAGAACAUGCAGGCACAUACAGAUGUAUUGCAUCUAAUAUAGCAGGCACUGUCUUCUCCCAAGUGGUCCUAUUUGUACAAUCUGAGCCAAUCAUCCCAGUUGCCACAAGCACAGUACAAGCUACUAUAGGCAGCACUGCCGUGUUAACAUGUGACGCCAGGGGAUCACCUCCCCCAGCUAUAUCAUGGAGCAAGAAGGAGGGACCACUUCCAAGUGAUCACAUUCAAGAAGAUGGUCGUCUGACUAUACCUAACAUCAGGCCAGAGGAUAGUGGAACAUAUAUCUGCACAGCCCAAAAUCAACUAGGUUACUCUGAUGCAGAGGUCUACUUGGUUAUUGGAGAGCUUGUUCCCUACUUCCAACAGAACCCAGCCUCAUAUAUCAGCUACCCUACACUAAGCAAUGCAUACACAGAAUUUGACAUUGACAUGUCUUUCAAGCCUCUCACAUCCGAUGGUUUGAUAAUGUUCAAUGGACAGCAGAAUGACGGAAGUGGUGACUUUGUAUCAUUUGGUAUGGCUGAAGGACACCCUGAGUUCCGCUUUGAUGUUGGUUCUGGACCUGCAAUCAUUCGCUGUGCUGAUCCCGUCUCUCUUGACUCUUGGCAUAAUGUCCGCCUCAGCAGAAAGGAGAGAGAUGGCACAAUGAUCCUGAAUGGACAAGAAUACAGAGGUCGUGCCCCUGGUAACUUCCGUGGUCUUGACCUUGUUGACAACAUGUACCUGGGAGGUGUCCCAGACUACAACAAAAUCCCUCAGGCUGCUGGUUUCAGACAGGGCUUUGUAGGUGCUGUCAGUCGAGUCCAACUGGAUGGUGUCCAGCUGGAUCUUGGGGCAGAUGCCAUUGAGAUCAUUAAUGUGAUUGGCUAUGACUCCUGCAAGAAGAAGCCCUGUCAGAACCAAGGAGAAUGCCUGGCUGCCAGCACAGAUGAGGGCUACAAGUGCCAGUGUUUGACUGGAUUCUCUGGCAAGAACUGUGAGAUUCAAGGAGAAAAAUGCUUCCCAGGUGCUUGUGGAGAAAGAGGCAGAUGUUAUGACUUGAGAGGAGAUCUUGGAUACAGUUGUACAUGUCCAGUUGGCAAACUUGGUGAUAGGUGUGAACAAGGAAUAAGCAUCUUAUACCCAAGCUUCAGCAAUGGUUCUCAUAUCUCAUUCCCCACCCUACAAGACGCCACCCUCAAGUCCGAGAUUGUCAUGAUGUUCAAGUUAAACUCACUUAGUGAUGGCAUCUUGCUGUAUAAUGGCCAGAAGAAUGAUGGUUACGGAGACUUUAUUUCUCUUGCUGUCAAGGAUGGCAAGAUUGAAUUCAGGUUCGAUAGUGGUUCAGGUCCAGCUGUUAUCAGGAAUGAGACACCUCUAGUGACUGGACAAUGGUUCAAGGUUACUGCAGAGCGUAAUGAACAAGAUGGCUCCCUUAGUAUUGAUGAUGGCGUUGCUGUUAAAGGGCAGUCACCAGGGGGCACUAGAGGUCUGAACUUACGCACACACCUGUACAUAGGAGGUGUGAACCUGGAUACUCUGCCUCACUCAAGCAUUGAGGUCACAUCUGGUAUUGAUGGGUGUAUCUCAGAGUUGACAGUGAGUGGAACUCCCAUUGAUCUGAUUAACUCUGCUAUUGGUUAUCGUGCUAUAAGUGAUUGUCGAGACAGGAACCCAUGCGCUGUGAGACCAUGUCAUCACAAUGGCCGCUGUGAAGACCUUGGUGAUGGGGCCUAUCGAUGUGAUUGCUCAGAUGGAUAUACAGGCAAAAACUGUGAAGCUGAGAACAACCUGUGUGCUACUGACAACCCCUGUUUGAACAAUGGCCUCUGUAAGGUGGUUGAUAAUGGGCACACCUGUGACUGUCCACUUGGCUUCAUGGGGGACAACUGUGAAAUAGCGUUCCAAGUGGGAGAAUCAGCUGGUUUCCAAGGCAACAGUUACAUAGAAUUACCUGGUAGCCUUCUACCUCACAUCAACAGUCAGAGUGAAGAGGUCAUUAGUAUAACCUUUGCAACAGAUAGUAGUGAUGCUUUAUUGUUCUGGCAUGGACAAACACCAGAGAUAGAUGGCAAAGGACAGGACUAUUUUGCCAUUGCAAUUGUUGAUGGUUACCCAGUAUUAAGCUUUGAGCUAGGAAGUGGGCCAGCUACUAUUACAGCUAGGUACAGAGUGGAUGAUGGAGAGGAGCACACAGUUAUUGCAAGAAGAACUGGACAAAGAGGAACAAUAGAAGUGGACACAGUUGUUUUAGAAGUCGGAGAAUCAGGUGGAACAUUACAAAUGCUCAAUACAAAAGGAAAUAUUUAUAUAGGUGGGGUCCCAGACUUCAGAGUAAUGACAGACAGUAAAUUUAGGACAGGAUUUGUAGGGUGUAUUAGUCAAUUAUAUGUAGGAGAGGAAGGCCCCUUAAACUUUAGUAGAGACACUGCCCAUGGCUGGAAUACAUACCCUUGUGGACCUGUAUUGUAGAGGGGGUCUUUAAUGCAUUUAAACCAACAGGGAUUGUCCAGGUAUUCGCAGAGACCCCUUGGAUACUUGAAGAAUCCAUAUUUAUGAAUCAUCAAUUGCAUUUAUUUUGUUAUAUAUUGAGGUGAAGAGUCCCCUCUUAUGUAUUUUCCUGAUGAAACAUACAACGUUGUAUUAGUCUAAGCCAAUUGUUGCCAUGACAGCCAAGUCAUAAUACAACAUUUAAAUGGUCAAUUUGUGCAUCAAAUCAUGUUAUGAAAAUUACAGGGCAGUUUAAUUGAAAGAACUUAAGAGAGGCUACACGUAAUGUGUAAUACAGUUUAGAUACUUUUGUUACUAUUUGUAUAGAUACAACAUUUAAAGUGAUACUUUUCGAAUGACCAGUUACAAGUAUGCACAAAACUUGUAUGACACUUCAAUCAUGGCUACAUAAUAUUUAAUACUCAAAGAGCAAUGAUUGAAAUGUGAAAUAAUUUUAUACUGAAGGUUAAUUGUUUAAUAUAAGAUGAAGGAGUGAUCAAUAAGUUUUGGCUCAGAUUGUAAGAUAUACAUACAAAAUCAGUCUCCUGGUUAAAGGCAUGAAUUAUGCCACAUGAAGUGUGCAACUGAAUAUCGAGAUAUUAAAUCUAUAACUUAUUGAUCACCCCUUGUGAAAUUGAUUUAUACAGUGAACUGUAGAAAGUACAGUUUGAAACUAUGCAGUGAUAGAGUGGUCCAGUUACUGGACACAUCUACCAAAGACAGUGUUAUAUAUUAUAGCGUACCACUGCCCAUACACACUGCCUUAAGUCACAUGUUCAGACCACUUUCUGGCAAUUUAACCCGCAGCAUUUUACAAACAUCUAGUCAUGUGUUGCAAAACUGUAUAUGAAUUUGUCAAAUCGGAAAUCCUUAGUCAUUCAAGCUAAUAAUUUUACCUCAGCCUUAUGUGCUUUACCUUAGGAAUUCACAGGCUGACGUGCCUGCUUGCUUUGAUAGAUUCAAAAUUAGUAUUAGCGAGUAACCAUGACAAUUUCAUUUAUGAUUGAGACAUUUCCUGACAGUACAACCACGGUGUGUGUAGGAA